AAGAGCAUAGAGCCAAGGAGUCAGCCCAGCCUCUGACCGUCGUGGUGACAGCCACAUACUGAAGGACUAAACUUUUUGGGAGUCUCCUCAUCCGACCUUGCUGACUCGUUGGUUAUUGUUGGUUUGGAGGGAAUGCACAUAUCCUCCGUUUGCUCUGUAACUGGUUUUGAGGACACAUUAAGGAAAGGAUCCAAACGAAUGGGAAUGCGGCAGCGCCAAACUCUCACAAUGCGGGCAGAGUGAAAGGGCAGAACACAAUACCAUUCCACGGGCUGUGGGGGUUACUCGCUACAAUCUUUCAGUGGGGUAUUCUUCCAGACGAAAUAUCAUAGUUACUCUUUUUUUUCCUGAUUAUUUCUUUAACCCACUAUUGCGAAGUCUAGUGUUUUUGAGUAGAAGAACCAGCCAUGACGUCUCCGGCCAAAUUCCGAAAGGACAAGGAGAUCGUAGCCGAAUAUGAAACUCAAGUUAAAGAGAUCCGUGCCCAGCUGGUGGAGCAGUUCAAGUGUCUGGACCAGCAGUGUGAGCUGAGAGUGCAGCUGCUGCAGGACCUGCAGGACUUCUUCAGGAAGAAGGCGGAGGUCGAGAUGGACUACAGUCGUAACCUGGAGAAACUGUCUGAGAGGUUCCUUACGAAGACACGUAGCACCAAGGACCACCAGCUCAAGAAGGAGCAGAGUGUACUGUCUCCAGUUAACUGUUGGAACCUGUUGUUGAGUCAGGUGAAGAGGGAGAGCCGAGACCACGCUACCCUGUCUGACCUCUACCUUAAUAACAUCAUACCGCGCUUCGCCCAGGUUAGCGAGGACUCCGGACGACUCUUCAAAAAGAGUAAGGAGGUUGGUGUCCAGCUUCAGGAGGAUCUGAUGAAGGUUCUGAACGAGCUCUACGCGGUGAUGAAGACAUACCACAUGUACAACACAGACAGUAUCAACUCUGAGAACAAACUGAAGGAUGCAGAGAAACAGGAGGAGAAGCAGAUGGGGCGCUCUGGUCGCCAGGACGACAGACAGACUCCCAGGUCACCUGACACACUGGCCAGCAUCAAGACGGAGGAGAAACAUGUCCGACGCUCCUCAGUCAAGAAGAUAGAGAAGAUGAAGGAGAAGAGGCAGGCUAAGUACACAGAGAACAAGCUGAAAGCAAUCAAGGCAAGGAAUGAAUACCUGCUGGCUCUGGAGGCUACGAACAGCUGUGUCUUCAAAUACUACAUCCACGACUUGUCUGAUAUCAUCGACUGCUGUGACCUGGGCUACCAUGCCAGUCUCCACCGUGCGUUGCGGACCUACCUGUCAGCGGAGAUGAACGUGGAGGUGUCUAAACACAGCGGCCUGGAGGGCCUGGAGAGGGCAGCAGAGAGCCUGGAGCCCAACGGGGACAAGCAGAGACUGAUGGAAACCUACAACAACGUCUUCUGUCCCCCCAUGCGCUUCGACUUCCAGUCACACAUGGGAGACACGAUGGGGUUAGUAUGUGCCCAGCAGCCGUUAGAAGGGGAGUUACUCCAGAGGUGUCAGCAGCUGCAGUCCCGUCUCUCCACCCUCAAGAUUGAGAAUGAGGAGGUGAAGAAGACUAUGGAGGCCACUCUGUCGACCAUCCAGGACAUGGUGACCGUGGAGGACUAUGAGGUCAGCGAGUGUUUCCACCACAGCAACUCCAUGGAGUCGGUCAAGUCCACCAUGAGCCAAUCAUUCCUCAGCAAACCCAGCCUGGCCAAGAGACGGGCCAAUCAACAGGAAACGGAGCAGUUCUACUUCACUAAACUGAAGGAGUUUCUGGAGGGCCGGAACUUGAUCACCAAACUGGAGGCCAAACAUGACUUGAUCCAGAAGACCCUGGGAGAGAGUCAGAAGACUGAUUGUUGCCUUGCCAGUGACAGGAGGAACUCUGCACUACGGAAUCAGCAGGCUGGCCAUGUCAUCCCUCUGAUGGUGGAGAGCUGUAUCCGCUUCAUCAGUCGCCAUGGUCUGCACCACGAGGGCAUCUUCAGAGUGUCUGGCUCUCAGGUGGAGGUCAAUGACAUCAAGAACGCCUUUGAGAGAGGUGAGGACCCAUUGGCAGGAGAUCAGAAUGAUCAUGACAUGGACUCCAUCGCUGGUGUUCUAAAGCUCUACUUCAGAGGACUGGACCACGCCCUCUUCCCCAAGGAAGUCUUCCAUGACAUCAUAUCCUGUGUCUCAAUGGAGAACCUGCAGGAGAGGGCUGUCCACAUCAGGAAGGUUCUGCUGACUCUGCCCAGCAACACUCUCAUCAUCAUGAGAUACCUGUUCGCCUUCCUCAACCACCUGUCCCAGUACAGUGAGGACAACAUGAUGGAUCCCUAUAACCUGGCCAUCUGUUUUGGUCCCACUCUGAUGUCAGUCCCAGAGAGCUGUGACCAGGUGUCCUGCCAGGCCCACGUUAACGAGCUCAUCAAGACCAUCAUCAUCCUCCAUGACGGGGUUUUCCCCGGACCAGGGGACCUGCAGGGGCCCGUCUACACCUGCCCAGGGGCCACCGACGAGUACUGUGAGCCCCCCCUAGUGGAAGAACCUGCUCCUGACACCAUCUCUGUCAUCCACAACAGCGAUGAUGGCUUGUUGGUCGUUUCAGAAUCUGACCCAAUAGUGGCCAUUGCUCGCUUCGACUACUCUGGACGGACCAACCGGGAGCUGUCGUUUAAUAAGGGCGCGUCUCUCCUCCUUUUCCAGCGAGUCAGUGAUGACUGGUGGGAGGGCCAACACAACGGAGUGGACGGACUAGUGCCUCACCAGUACAUAGUGGUUCAGGACAUGCAGGAUGGGGGCAGAGGCAGUCCUAAGACUGAGGCGGAGUUGCAGGAGGAGAGAGUGUCCACUAGGGGCAUCGCUGCCUCUCCCACUGGAGCUCAUGUGGCUGACGUCUACCUGGCCAACCUCAACAAGAUGAGGAAGAAGCCGGAGUUGGGGAGUAUCCGUAGAACCUUCCGGGUGUCUGAGGGAGGACAGGGGGGUGACGUACCCCCAACGGGGGCGACUGGUGGGGGUGUGAGGACGGCCAGUCUGCCUGUGGGAGGGGCUCUGGUGAAAGAGGGCGGUGACAAACGACCAGUCAGCGCCCACAGUGUCCUCAACUCCUCCAUUACACGCCACUCCUCUCUCAAGACCAAGGUGGAAAGCCCUCAGUUCCGCAAAGCGCCCACAGCGGGGCGCUCUAAGAGCUUCAGCAACCACAGACCUCUGGACCCUGAGGUCAUCACUCAGCUGGAGCCCACCUCACAGGAUAUCGAGGCGGCUAUGAGCUCUGCCUUGAGAGAGCUGGAGAGGCAGAGCAGUGUCCAGCACACACACACCCCCGACGUGGUGCUGGACACUCUGGAGCAGCUGAAGGGUGUGUGUGGUGGGGGAGGAGGGGGCGCAUCAGAGCCCUCCAGUCCCCUCCACUCCCGUCUGCUGAGGGACAGCGACGGCGCAGGAUCUCCACACUCACACCCUCUCCAACGCAGCGCUUCGUCCGCUAGCGACGUCCCCUCCUCCUUCCGCCCUUCCUAUCCCAGGAGCCCCCUGCCCUCCUCUCUCGCCUCCUCAGCCCUCUCUUUCUCCACUCCCUCCUUCCGAGAGCCUCGUCCUCCAGCCACGCGGCCCAAGCCGGUGGUCUUCCCCAAGGGAGGAGGAAGCAGCAGUCCGGCUAUGGGGUCCCCAACCUCCACUGCCCCUCCUCCCCCACCCCCACCCCAGCCCAACGACAAGUCCUGCCCCGCCUGAGGAGUGACAUCACACACGCUCCCCUUCCAUACACAAACCACUGCCCCAUCUCCCCUCACCCAAUGACAAGUGGGAUAGCUCUCACCUAGGAACAGCUUACCCUCCCAAACUAAGCAUUAUGGGAGUUAGACUGUAUAAAGCCUCCAUGACUCAAACAAGGGAUCAAACGAACAUACAGCAUGACAAUAAAGAGACAUGGAACCUGUGUUGUAUAUACUGGUGUGAGGUGUGUGUGUGUGUGCCUGUGUGAGGUGUGUGGUGUGUGUGUGUGUGUGUGAGCGUGUGAGCGAGUGUGCGAGUGUGCAUGUGUGUAUGUGUGUGUGUGAGCGUGACUGUGUGAGCGUGCCUGUGUGAGGUGAGUGUGCCUGUGUGUGUGUGAGCGUGCCCGUGUGAGGCGUGUGUUUGUGAGCGUGCCUGUGUGAGGUGUGUGUGAGCGUGUGUGUGUGCGGUGUGUGUGAGCGUGCCUGUGUGAGGUGUGAGCGUGCCUGUGUGAGGUGUGUGUAUGAGUGUGAGGUGAGUGUGUGUGUGUGAGGUGUGUGUGUGAGCGUGCCUGUGUGAGGUGUGUGUGUGUGUGAGGUGAGUGUGUGUGUGAGGUGUGUGUGUGAGCGUGCCUGUGUGAGGUGAGUGUGUGUGUGUGUGAGGUGUGUGUAUGAGUGUGCCUGUGUGAGGUGCGUGUGAGCCAUCCUGGACAGAAAGAGACAGAGAUGGACAGACAGAUGGAUGGAUGGAGAGAGCAGUGGAAUGCCUCUUUCUACAUGAAGAGAAGAGGACCAGGCUAUGUCUCUGAUCCUCCUGUGUGUAGGAAAGCUGAGUGUUGUGGUGACUCGUUCUAACUUCAACGCUCACCAGUAUAGCUGCUAUACACCACGCUCUUUUCUACUGUAUUCUACUAGACUCUACUAUACUAUUCAUCAGGGCUAUUCAAUUAGCACCCCUCAGGGGCCAAAGGAAUGCUGCUUUACUUUUCUAAGUGGAAGUUGUAAUGUAAUUGAUUGGCCAGAGAGCCCAAUCACCAAUGUCCCAGGUGUGUAUUGAUGGGGCCCUGCAGGACAAUAGUUAAAAGUCCUUCUCUACAUUCUGUAUUUACCCACAUAAUGCAAAGCUUGUCUAGCUUUACAACAGCACCUCCUGUUGGUGUUUAUGUGCACGACAUGGCUGUUCUCAAUAACCAACCUUUCUUUAGCAAUAAGAGUCUGACAGACUCAUCAGCUUAGCAGCAUGCCAGGCCUGCUGCUUCUCUCUCCCUUAGAUUCCCAGCAUUAAUAUACGCUCUGUUACAGAAGUGGAAUAGACACACACAUACACAUCUGUGUGACGUGUGUGUGACGUGGCAGCUAAAUGCCUUUCAGGUUCUCCUCGCAUGCUGGGGCCACAGCAGUCGCAGUGCUGACUGACUGCAUCUAUUUUCAAUACUACCAAACGCGCCUCUUACACCAGCUUCACACAAAUUAUUACUCCAGACAAAAUCAGCAAAAAGGGUAUUUUUACAUGUAUAGUUUAUUAACCAUGGUGAUAACUGGACAUGUGCAGAUGAGGAAUCUCAGUGAGGUGGAAGAGUUUGUUUAGAUACAAGCACAAACAAACCUCGUCAAGCGCAUUCAUAAACAUUACUUUAUGCUUAUUUUCUUCCACUUGUUAGUUUAUCCUCAGAAUAUGUUAUACUAAACUGUGUAGCCGUCUACGUGUGUGUGUGUGUGGGGGGGUGUGUGUGCGUCAGUGACCCUUCACAACUCUCAGAAGUCAGCGUUAACCACUCAUCAUUAAGGGAACCAACUAAUGCCUGCUCUUUGGAGACAUGGGGACCAACAGGAUGGGACACAAAGACAGCAGAACCUGUGUCGCCAGAGCCACUCUGCUACCAGUAUCACUGAUCACUAGGCUUAAUGUUUGUGUGACUGACUAGUUCUCAGUCCCAGCCGCUAAAGUCAGAGGACAACGGAAAAAGUGUCACACUGUCUCCUCUGUCGCUCCUCUUCAAAUAGCAUUGAUGUGUGUCAUGGCAGACCGGCAUCCAAUAACUGAUUGGAUUGAUAUAAUCCAAUGAAAUGAUAUACAGGAACAGCCCUGAGGUCUGUUCUGUUGUGCUCGUCUUUAAGAGAACUUCUGCUGUGACUCCCUAACUGUCUGUUGCAUCAUGUGGUCAAUCUCCAACCGGUCCUGUCCUGUCUGUCACUGGUAGCAUUUUCUGAAGUCUGAACUGUGAUUCGUCAAGGGGAGGAGACAGAAUGUUUUGAUUGGUCAAGGUUAGUGGGAGGCGGCAGGAUGCUUUAGUUAUUGACAGCUUUAACACUGUCUGAGACCAGGAUAUUUAAUGUCAGGGCUUCGAGAUCCCUGAGGCUAGAAAAGCAGCAGACACCUCUCCCUAUCAUCCUGCUCUCUCUGUACGUUUCUCCUCCUAGCAUUCUGCCUCUUCCCACAGACACACUAAUAUCCCUCUGUGUGGUUCCUUCCUUAUUCCUUAUCCCUCUGUGGUUCCUUCCUUAUUCCUGCAGGUAUAUACUUGUAUUAUUGCAUUCCCAAAUGAUCUGUAACAGGGGAUUUCAUUCUAAUUGUAAUGUUUUAUCUCUGUGUGUAUUUUAAGAUGUAUUUUACAUUGUGUUGCUCCCCUUACCUCAUCUUAGCAACUGGAGGGAUUGUGCGUGUGUGGGGUGGGGUGAAUAGGCAUUAACACACACGUCAUAUACACUCAUGGGUGAUGCUUUGUGGUUGGUGUCUGUGUUAUCCUGGCUUUGUUGUAUAGGAGCUAGGAGCCUCAGUCUCCACACCAUAUUAUCAGUUGAGCUCAAAUCAAUCAUCAUGCACUUAAAAUGACAUGGUGUGCUCCAGGACUGAUUGAGUGAGGAUGAUUUUAUUAUGAUUAACUAUUGUUAAAUAUGCAUUUCUUGUCCAUUUGAAAACAAGAUCUAAAAAACGACUGUAAUGUCAAAUAUAUGUAUAGUUGCCUCUGUAUUAUGGAGAAUCCUGUGUUAAGAUGUACUUUGUAUAUACAAUGUUGUACAUUACAGAGGUACACUCUUUUUCUGGUACAAUAUUGUACAGUAAUAGCAAUAGUAGUUUAAUCAAAUAGUCCUUAUAUAAUUAUAUGUGUAGUUCUUGUAGUAUACUUUUUUUUAAAUAAACAUUGCUUGCUAUAAA